AGGCUGCUGCCCGGGCAGCGGGCAGCCGGCGGGCAGGCAUGUUGCGGCUCCUGGCGCUCCUGCUCAGCCUGGCGCUGCUGCCCGCGCUCGCUGCAAAAGGCCUGAGGUGCUCCCAGCCAGGUGGGACCUGCCUGAACGGAGGGAGGUGUGAAGUGGCCAACGGCACGGAGGCUUGUGUCUGCAGUGGUGCCUUUGUGGGCCAGCGAUGCCAAGACCCCAACCCAUGCCUCAGCACUCCCUGCAAGAACGCUGGGACUUGCCGCGUGAUAGACCAAGGCGGCGCAGUGGACUACGCGUGCAUUUGCCCCCUGGGCUUCUCCGGGCCUCUUUGCCUGACACCUCUGGAUAAUGCCUGCCUGGCCAACCCCUGCCGUAAUGGAGGCACAUGUGACCUGCUCACCCUCAGAGAGUACAAGUGCCGCUGUCCCCCGGGCUGGUCAGGGAAGUCAUGCCAGCAGGCCGACCCGUGUGCCUCCAACCCCUGUGCCAACGGUGGCCAGUGCCUGCCCUUCGAGUCCUCAUACAUCUGUGGUUGUCCACCCGGCUUCCACGGCCCCACCUGCAGGCAAGAUGUCAACGAGUGCAGCCAGAACCCUGGGCUGUGCCGCCACGGGGGCACCUGCCACAACGAGGUGGGCUCCUACCGCUGCGCCUGCCGUGCCACACACACUGGUCCCCACUGUGAGCUGCCCUAUGUGCCCUGCAGCCCCUCGCCCUGCCAGAACGGAGGCACCUGCCGCCCUACAGGGGACACUACCCAUGAUUGUGCCUGUCUGCCAGGCUUCACCGGACAGAACUGUGAAGAAAACGUGGAUGACUGUCCAGGAAACAACUGCAAGAACGGAGGUGCUUGCGUGGAUGGUGUGAAUACCUACAACUGCCGCUGCCCGCCAGAGUGGACAGGUCAGUACUGCACAGAGGAUGUGGACGAAUGUCAGCUCAUGCCCAAUGCUUGCCAGAAUGGCGGAACGUGCCAUAAUACCCACGGUGGCUACAACUGCGUGUGCGUCAAUGGCUGGACGGGUGAGGACUGCAGUGAGAACAUUGACGACUGUGCCAGUGCCGCCUGCUUCCAUGGUGCCACCUGCCAUGACCGCGUGGCCUCCUUCUACUGCGAGUGUCCCCAUGGCCGCACUGGUCUGCUGUGCCACCUCAACGAUGCAUGCAUCAGCAACCCCUGCAACGAGGGCUCCAACUGCGACACCAACCCCGUGAACGGCAAGGCCAUCUGCACCUGCCCCUCGGGGUACACGGGACCAGCCUGCAUCCAGGAUGUGGAUGAGUGUGCUCUCGGAGCCAACCCCUGUGAGCAUGCGGGCAAGUGCAUCAACACCAUGGGCUCCUUCGAGUGCCAGUGUCUGCAGGGCUACACGGGCCCCCGCUGCGAGAUCGAUGUGAAUGAGUGCAUCUCCAACCCGUGUCAGAAUGACGCCACCUGCCUGGACCAGAUUGGCGAGUUCCAGUGUAUCUGCAUGCCCGGCUACGAGGGUGUGUACUGUGAAAUCAACACGGAUGAGUGUGCCAGCAGCCCCUGCCUGCACAAUGGCCACUGCCUGGACAAGAUCAAUGAGUUCCUGUGCCAGUGCCCCACAGGCUUCAGUGGGCACCUGUGUCAGUACGACGUGGAUGAGUGUGCCAGCACACCCUGCAAGAAUGGUGCCAAGUGCCUGGAUGGGCCCAACACGUACACCUGCGUGUGCACGGAAGGCUAUACAGGUACCCACUGUGAGGUGGACAUUGACGAGUGUGACCCUGACCCCUGUCACUACGGCUCCUGCAAGGAUGGUGUUGCCACCUUCACCUGCCUCUGCCAGCCAGGCUACACAGGCCACCACUGUGAGACCAACAUCAAUGAGUGCCACAGCCAGCCCUGCCGCCAUGGGGGCACCUGCCAGGACCGUGACAACUCCUACGUCUGCUUCUGCCUCAAGGGGACCACAGGACCUAACUGUGAGAUCAACCUAGAUGACUGUGCCAGCAACCCCUGCGACUCAGGCACGUGUCUGGACAAGAUUGACGGCUAUGAGUGUGCCUGUGAGCCAGGUUACACAGGGAGCAUGUGCAACGUGAACAUCGAUGAGUGCGCAGGCAGUCCCUGCCACAAUGGGGGCACCUGCGAGGAUGGCAUCGCCGGCUUCACCUGCCGCUGCCCUGAGGGCUACCAUGACCCCACGUGCCUGUCUGAGGUCAACGAAUGCAACAGCAACCCCUGCAUCCACGGGACCUGUCGGGACGGCCUCAACGGGUACAAGUGUGACUGUGAUCCCGGGUGGAGUGGGACAAACUGUGACAUCAACAACAAUGAGUGUGAGUCCAACCCUUGCGUCAAUGGUGGCACCUGCAAAGACAUGACCAGUGGCUACGUGUGCACCUGCCGGGAAGGCUUCAGUGGCCCAAACUGUCAGACCAACAUCAACGAGUGUGCGUCCAACCCGUGCCUGAACCAGGGCACCUGCAUCGAUGACGUCGCCGGGUACAAGUGCAACUGUCUGCUGCCUUACACAGGAGCCACGUGUGAGGUGGUGCUGGCUCCAUGUGCGCCCAGCCCCUGCAAAAACAGUGGGGUGUGCAAGGAGUCCGAGGACUACGGGAGCUUUUCCUGUGUCUGCCCUGCAGGCUGGCAGGGGCAGACCUGCGAGAUUGACAUCAAUGAGUGUGUGAAGAGCCCAUGCCGCCACGGUGCUUCCUGUCAGAACACCAACGGUGGCUACCGCUGCCUCUGCCAGGCCGGCUAUACAGGCCGCAACUGCGAGAGUGAUAUUGACGACUGUCGGCCCAACCCAUGUCACAAUGGGGGUUCCUGCACCGACGGCAUCAACACAGCCUUCUGCGAUUGCCUGCCUGGCUUCCAGGGCACCUUCUGUGAGGAAGACAUCAAUGAGUGUGCCAGCAACCCCUGCCGCAAUGGUGCCAACUGUACUGACUGCGUGGACAGCUACACAUGCACCUGCCCUGCGGGAUUCAACGGGAUCCACUGUGAGAACAACAUGCCUGACUGUACGGAGAGCUCCUGCUUCAAUGGUGGCACCUGUGUGGAUGGCAUCAACUCCUUCACCUGUUUGUGUCCUCCCGGCUUUACUGGCAGCUACUGCCAGUACGACAUCAAUGAGUGCGACUCACGUCCCUGUCUGCACGGUGGCACCUGCCAGGACAGCUAUGGCACCUACAAGUGUACCUGCCCACAGGGAUACACGGGCCUCAAUUGCCAGAACCUCGUGCGCUGGUGUGACUCUUCUCCCUGCAAGAACGGUGGCAAGUGCUGGCAGACCAACACCCAGUACGGCUGUGAGUGCCACAGUGGCUGGACCGGCCGCUACUGCGACGUUCCCAGCAUGUCCUGCAAGAUGGCUGCGCAAAAGCAAGGCGUCGCCGUCACCCACCUGUGCAAGCACGGAGGCCUCUGCGUGAACGAGGGCAACAAGCAUUACUGCCAGUGCCAGGCGGGCUACAUGGGCAGCUACUGUGAGGACGAGGUGGAUGAGUGCUCGCCCAGCCCAUGCCAGAAUGGAGCCACCUGCAUUGACUACUUAGGCGGCUAUUCCUGCAAGUGCGUGGCCGGCUAUCACGGGUCCAACUGCUCUGAGGAGAUCAAUGAGUGCCUGUCCGAGCCCUGCCAGAACGGCGGCACUUGUAUUGAUCUGACCGACACCUACAAGUGUUCCUGCCCCUGGGGCACUCAGGGUGUGCACUGUGAGAUCAACGUUGAUGACUGUCACCCCACUCUCGAUCCGGCCUCACGAAGUCCCAAGUGCUUCAACAAUGGCACCUGUGUGGACCUGGUGGGAGGUUACAGGUGCACCUGCCCGCCAGGCUUUGUCGGGGAGCGGUGUGAGGGCGAUGUCAAUGAGUGCCUGUCUAACCCCUGUGACCCACGUGGCACCCAGAACUGUGUGCAGCGUGUCAAUGACUUCCACUGCGAGUGCCGUGCUGGCCACACGGGGCGCCGCUGUGAGUCGGUCAUCAAUGGCUGCAGGGGCAAGCCGUGCAAGAAUGGGGGCGUCUGUGCCGUGGCCUCUAACACUGCCCGUGGGUUCAUCUGCAGGUGCCCUGCGGGCUUCGAGGGUGCCACCUGCGAGAACGACGCGCGUACCUGCGGCAGCCUGCGCUGCCUCAACGGCGGCACGUGCAUCUCGGGCCCGCGCAGCCCCACCUGCCUGUGCCUGGGCUCCUUCACGGGGCCCGAGUGCCAGUUCCCGGCCAGUAGCCCCUGUGUGGACGGUAACCCCUGCUACAACCAGGGCACGUGUGAGCCCACCGCCGAGAGCCCCUUCUACCGCUGCCUGUGCCCUGCCAAGUUCAACGGGCUUCUGUGCCACAUCCUAGACUACAGCUUCAUGGGCGGUGCCGGGCGCGACAUCCCCCCGCCGCAGAUCAAGGAGGCCUGCGAGUUGCCCGAGUGCCAAGAAGAUGCCGGCAACAAGGUCUGCAACCCGCAGUGCAACAACCACGCGUGCGGCUGGGACGGCGGCGACUGCUCGCUCAACUUCAACGACCCCUGGAAGAACUGCACGCUGUCCCUGCAGUGCUGGAAGUACUUCAGCGACGGCCACUGUGAUAGUCAGUGCAGCUCGGCGGGCUGCCUCUUCGACGGCUUCGACUGCCAGCGCACCGAAGGCCAGUGCAACCCCCUGUAUGAUCAGUACUGCAAGGACCACUUCAGCGACGGCCACUGCGACCAGGGCUGCAACAGCGCUGAGUGCGAGUGGGACGGGCUGGACUGUGCGGAGCACAUGCCCGAGAGGCUGGCAGCUGGCACGCUGGUGGUGGUGGUCCUGCUGCCGCCCGAGCAGCUACGCAACAACUCGUUCCACUUCCUGCGGGAGCUCAGCCACGUGCUGCACACCAACGUGGUCUUCAAGCGUGACGCGCAAGGCCAGCAGAUGAUCUUCCCCUACUACGGCCACGAGGAGGAGCUGCGCAAGCAUCCCAUCAAGCGCUCGGCGGCCGGCUGGCCCGCGCCGAGCUCCUUGUUCAGCCAGGCAGGCAGCGGGCGGCAGCGCAGGGAGCUGGACCCCAUGGACAUCCGCGGGUCCAUCGUCUACCUGGAGAUUGACAACCGGCAGUGUGUACAGUCAUCCUCACAGUGUUUCCAGAGUGCCACUGAAGUGGCCGCAUUCCUGGGGGCGCUUGCCUCGCUGGGCAGCCUCAACAUCCCCUAUAAGAUCGAGGCAGUGCAGAGUGAGACCGUGGAGCCACAGCUGCCCUCGCAGCUGCACCUCAUGUACGUGGCUGCGGCUGCCUUCGUGCUGCUGUUCUUUGUGGGCUGCGGGGUGCUGCUGUCCCGUAAGCGCCGGCGGCAGCAUGGCCAGCUCUGGUUCCCUGAGGGCUUCAAGGUGUCAGAGGCCAGCAAGAAGAAGCGGAGGGAGCCACUUGGCGAGGACUCAGUGGGCCUGAAGCCCCUGAAGAAUGCCUCGGAUGGUGCCCUGAUGGACGACAACCAGAACGAGUGGGGCGACGAAGACCUGGAGACCAAGAAGUUCCGGUUUGAGGAACCGGUGGUUCUUCCUGAUCUGGAUGACCAGACUGACCACCGGCAGUGGACCCAACAGCACCUGGAUGCCGCGGAUCUGCGCAUGUCUGCCAUGGCCCCCACACCACCCCAGGGAGAGGUGGACGCCGACUGCAUGGAUGUCAAUGUCCGUGGGCCAGAUGGCUUCACCCCCCUCAUGAUCGCCUCCUGCAGUGGAGGAGGCCUGGAGACAGGUAACAGUGAGGAAGAGGAGGAUGCACCGGCUGUCAUCUCGGACUUCAUCUACCAGGGUGCCAGCCUCCACAACCAGACAGACCGCACUGGGGAGACUGCCUUGCACCUGGCUGCCCGUUACUCACGCUCCGAUGCUGCCAAGCGCCUGUUGGAGGCCAGUGCAGAUGCCAACAUCCAGGACAACAUGGGGCGCACACCACUGCAUGCAGCUGUGUCUGCUGACGCACAAGGCGUGUUUCAGAUCCUUCUCCGGAACCGAGCCACGGACCUGGACGCCCGUAUGCACGAUGGCACCACGCCGCUGAUUCUGGCUGCACGCCUGGCUGUGGAGGGCAUGUUGGAGGACCUCAUCAACUCACACGCUGACGUCAAUGCCGUGGACGACCUGGGCAAAUCGGCCCUGCACUGGGCGGCUGCUGUGAACAAUGUGGAUGCUGCGGUCGUGCUCUUGAAGAAUGGUGCCAACAAAGACAUGCAAAACAACAAGGAGGAGACUCCUUUGUUCCUGGCUGCCCGCGAGGGCAGCUAUGAGACUGCCAAGGUGCUGCUGGAUCACUUCGCCAACCGAGAUAUCACGGACCACAUGGACCGCCUGCCACGUGACAUUGCACAGGAGCGCAUGCACCAUGACAUCGUGCGUCUGCUGGAUGAGUACAACCUGGUACGCAGCCCCCAGCUGCACAGCACCACCCUGGGCGGCACACCCACCCUGUCGCCCACGCUCUGCUCGCCCAAUGGCUACCUGGGCAACCUCAAGUCCACAGCACAGGGCAAGAAGGCCCGCAAGCCCAGCACUAAAGGGCUAUCCUGCAGCAGUAAGGAAGCCAAGGACCUUAAAGCACGGAGAAAGAAGUCCCAGGAUGGCAAAGGUUGCCUGCUGGACAGCUCAAGCAUGCUGUCGCCUGUGGACUCCCUUGAGUCGCCCCAUGGCUACCUGUCGGACGUGGCCUCACCACCUCUCCUGCCCUCUCCAUUCCAGCAGUCUCCAUCCAUGCCUCUCAGCCACCUGCCCGGCAUGCCUGAUACCCAUUUGGGCAUUGGCCACUUGAAUGUGGCAGCCAAGCCUGAGAUGGCAGCUCUGGGUGGGGGCGGCCGGCUGGCCUUCGAGCCUGGCCCCCCACGCCUCUCCCACCUGCCUGUGGCAUCUAGCACCAGCACAGUCCUGGGGGCUGGCAGCAGUGGAGGAGCUGUGAAUUUCACCGUGGGUGCCGCCAGCUUGAAUGGCCAGUGCGAAUGGCUCUCCCGGCUGCAGAAUGGCAUGAUGCCAAGCCAGUACAACCCACUGAGAGGGAGCGUGGCACCGGGCACGCUGAGCACACAGGCUCCUGGCCUUCAGCAUGGCAUGGUGGGCCCACUGCAUGGCAGCCUCUCCACCAAUACCCUGACGCCAAUGAUAUACCAGGGCCUGCCCAACACGCGGCUGGGCACCCAGCCCCAUCUGGUGCAGCCGCAGCAGGUGCCGCCGCAGCAGGUGCCGCCGCAGAACUUACAGGUGCAGCCGCAGAACCUGCAGCCAUCAUCACAGCCGCACCUCAGCGUGGGCUCAGCGGCCACCACUGGGCACCUGAACCGGAGCUUCAUGGGUGGGGAGCCCAGCCAGGCGGACGUGCAGCCACUGGGCCCCAGCAGCCUGCCAGUGCGCACCAUCCUGCCUCAGGAAAGCCAAGCCCUGCCCACAUCGCUACCAUCCUCUCUGGUCCCACCCAUGACCACUGCCCAGUUCCUGACCCCUCCCUCCCAGCACAGCUACUCUUCCUCCCCUGUGGACAACACCCCCAACCACCAGCUACAGGUUCCCGAGCACCCCUUCCUCACCCCAUCCCCCGAGUCCCCAGACCAAUGGUCCAGCUCCUCCCCACAUUCCAACAUCUCUGAUUGGUCCGAGGGCAUCUCCAGCCCGCCCACCAGCAUGCAGUCCCAGAUCGCCCACAUUCCAGAGGCGUUCAAGUAAACAGCUGCCUGUGGACCCCAGCUUCCGUUCCCAGGCCCUGUUGGCCAGUGUGUCCAUCACUCCAGGAUGCUGGGGGCAACCAAAAGAGCUUUUUUUAAAAAAAAAAGAAAAAGAAAAAAAGGAAAAAAGAAAUGUUUUUAUACAAAAGAAGAGAACAAGAAUUUCAAUUUUUUUUUUUAGUAUUUAUUUAUGUACUUUUAUUUUACACAAAAAACACUGCCUUUUUAUUUAUAUGUACUGUUUUCUAUGGCACCAGGUAAAAGCUUUUUAUCUGUUCCAAGAAAAUAAACCAGUUUUCAGAGACUUAAUUUUCCUGGUUAAGGUGAAGAUCCCUGUGUGUCUGUAAAAUAUGAACAGAGAUUCAUGGUUUAUAAAUGCUGUUUAUUUAUUGAUUGCUUCUUUUUAAAAAUCCCAAAAGAACUCAUGCUGGAGAAGGGAAGUUUGAACCUGCACUGUGCAGAAUGCCCUGAGCCCCGCCUCUCCCCAGAUGUCCUCCACACACCCGCUUCUCCUUCCUCUUGGUGUCCUCUGCUGUUUAUAGUAGACGUGUCUAGAGACAGAAACAAAACCUUCAUACCUUGGGCACGCAGAUUCAUUUGUAUCUGAAACAGGAAACAAGUAACAUGACAUGGUUUAUACAUCUUGUUGUUUCUGAAGCCACCAAAAUGUGCUUUUAAAAAACUGUGUUCUUGGCAUGUACCGAGACAGAGCGCGUUGCCUGGUACCAGUCAUGAAUCUUUGUUUUGGUUCAGUGUUACGUAGUGUUUGUUGGUCUUCCCUGCAGCCAAACCCCGCUGCUCCCUUCCUGACCUUCAGAGCAUCUCCUAAAGCCAUUGACUGGUGCAGAUACACCCAUGUGGAGGAAGCCUACCUUCUGGGGAAGGACACUGCCUGGGCUGACCCAAUCAAGGGUCCCCGAGCCACACCUUAAACAGCAUCAUCCAAAUUCAGCGGAGACUGGACCUGGGCCUGGGCUCGAGAGACCUGACCAUUGAAGGGAUUCUUGUGUAUGCAGCAGACUGACCAGAGCAGCCUGUGUUGACAUCUUGGAGCUAUAAGGGCUAUAUCCUCUGGGCCUUGACUGCUGUGGGUGGGGAUGCACCGUGCCCAGCCCCGGAGGGUGCUGGAGGGUGGCAUGGAGCCUUGCUUUAGGGCCACUCCUCCUGGCUCAGGGUGGUGCUCCCCCAGAGAAGCAGCAGAUCCUUGCAGUUUUCAAGUAUAAGCCUGUGGCAGAAUAAAUGUCUGUAAAUACAUGUUUAAAGGUGGAUUUUGUUUAAAAAAUCUAAAGGAACAGGUCUGUCCUGUGUGGAGCUGAUAAGGAAUGUAUGUGUGGCUCAGCUCAGUGUGACCCAGGCCUCAUGACCUGCAGCUGCCUGAAAUGUAGCUCCUAAGAGCACAACCCAGGACGGCUCUACUGCCGCCCUCCACGCACCCCCCUCCCUGAGUGUUGGGGGACUUGCCCAGGGGCAGGCCCUGCCUCCUCAGGGCAGCUCCUGGCUGUUGGGGGGGGGCAAUGUUUGUGCCACCCCUAGUGGGCAUGACCAAACACAUCCUAAGAUGUGGAUUCUUAACUGUGUUUUAUAGAGUGUAGUUUACAGAAAAAGGAAACUUAAAAAAAAAAAAAAAACAUUAUCUACAUGCAAAACUGUAGAUAAUGAAAGUGUAUUUUUUUUCAUCUUUUUUGUUAACUAAUUUUCAAUAAAAAUAAUGCUCAUGGUCGUUGAGAUUUUGCUAAA